AUGUUGUUCAAAAUUUUUGUAUUUUUUGUGGUGCCAGCAAUUUUAGCGCAACAGUACACUUUUCCGAUGAGCUAUGGAUUUCCACGUGAGUUUUUUUUUUAAAUCUACAGUACCCUAGAAAAUCCGAUUUUCUUGCAGAAGUCCAAAACGCGGAUCGUUUCGCCUACAAUAACAAUCCGCCUCAGAAUUUUUUCGCACCAAAUUCUGCACCACCAAAAUCCACGUACACCUUUAAUCCGAUGGCACGAAUCCAAGUUCAGCCUCCAAUUUUCGCGCCAAAUUCGAAUUUUGGCGCCAAUUCCGGCGAAUUUCAAGUAGAUCAAAGGAAACCCGAGAUUUUGCCGCCAAAAAUGACCCCAGAAGGUCCCACAAGGAUUAUUCCACCAUUUUUGAAGGGAGCCGAUAUUGUGGAGCAGGAUAAGGUAGGUCACAUUUUUGGCUCCAAAAUGAGCUACAGUAAUCCUAAAUACAGUAGUUCUGACCUACAGUACACCUACAGUAUUCUUGCAGUUCUACGCAAUAGUUCAACAUCCAACUUGGUCUGGAGCUGAAAAAAAUCAAAAAAUAGAAGAAUUGAUGAAAUCCAUGUCAGAAGAUCGACAGGUACAGUAGACCUACAGUAACCCAAAAAAUCUGGAAUUCUGUAAUCUGGUAUUUUUGUAGGAAGAGUAUAGUGAGUACCGUAAUACAAUCCACGUGGAUUUGGCACGGCGUCAAAAAUCUGUGGCCUCAGCCGUCGAAGCAAUGUCACCAGAAGCGUUUGGAGAAUUUCAGAAGGUACUGUAGGUUUGCCACAUGGGUUACUGUAGAUCGCCAAAAAUCUGCAAAUAUUAAAAAAAAUAGCCAUGCUUGGUGUCAAAAUGAUGCAAAAAACAUGAAAAAUUCAAAAUUUUCAUGCCAAAACCAACAGUAACCCAGAAAUAAAUUUCAGGUUGUCGAAAUAAUGCGUGACGUGUCAUUGACGGAGUCGGCAAAAAUUCAAAAGCUCGAAAAAAUCUACUCAAGUUUGCCAGCCAAAAUUCGUCAAGAAUUUGACGAAAAACUAAAGGGCUUCUGA